UCUUCAGUAAUGUGAAGACCCAGGAAUCUGAAGCUGCACACCCUCUCCACCACUCACUGUCUCACCUGGCUGAAUAUGCAGUGUGACGAGUGUUGCUCCCUCCUUCUCCGUGGAUCUCGGCAUGCCGCAGCAAACAACAAUGAUAGAAAAAAGCUCGCCGAUUGACAUUGAACCACGCCGCAAACCCAAAUGAGUUCAUUCGGCUUGGACCAGUUUCGUUACGAAAAGGACAAAGCCGGGAUUAAAAAAUGUUCUCCCGAGAGGCAGAGACACAAUGGAGCAGUUAGUCCUGACUGGGAGAAGGAGAACUGCAGCGUCACUGUUGUCCCCGAGACCCCGGAGCUCAAACGUCCACCUGGGUUGACGCUGCGGAGGGUCGCCGACUGCGUGGUCCUGGACUCGGACUCGGACUCGGACGUCGAGGUGUUGGGAGCAUCAAUGAUGGCUUCUGGGAGGUCUGGGACGACACUAGAAGCCAGGUCCGGUGCUGUGAUGGUGGUGUCUGAUGAAGAAGAGAGUGGGGAUGAGGAGACGGAGCGGAAGCUGGAAAAACUACAGGAGCUCUUUCCUGAGACUGAGCGGAAUCAGCUGUUGGAGGUAAUCAAGAGCACAAGCACUUUGGAUGGAGCCGUGGCCACCUGUACACUGAGAUUCAAAGGAGACUCUUCUUAUUCAAACCGUAAGAGGAAGCCAAGCAGAUCAGAUUGUGGCUCUCAGGAUAAGGAUGAUGGCGAUGGUAAUAAGAAGAGGAGGGAUUCUGUGACAGAUGACUCUGAGGUGGAGGGUCCGGAGCCAAGCUGGAAAAAUCAGGAAGAUAUGGUUCGGAGACUACAGAGGAAAUUUCCGAGCUUAGACAAGGAGGAGCUCAGGGAUGUGCUACAGGAACACGACUGGCUGUUUGAGGACACCCUGGAGGCCCUCCGCAUGUUUUCUGAAUCGGCUGAGGAAUCGGACCUUCCCGAUCUGCCUGAGAGGAAAUCCAGCAACAUCGUCGUAGAAGAAAGUCCCACCACCACAGAAUCCUGGAGAGACUUGAGCCCAGCACUGGGCCAUACAGCCUUGAGGCCAAGCGAAGGAGGGAGUACAUCCCUCACUACCUCACAGACAUUGCGAGGCCAAAAUGGUGCAGCCUCCUCCUCCCCCUCCUCAUCAAGGCCACACGAACAUCACGCUGGGUCCUGUAAAGCCAAGGCAGCGGAGAGACAGCGUUGCUCACAGCUCCUCCCAGAGGCGGACAGCAGCUCAGACGGAGAGGGCUCCAUCAGCAGUGAGUUUGGUGGGUCGUCUGGCCAGACAGAUUCUGACCGUGAGGACAGGGUAGAAGCUGGACUGAAGGCCCAGAUUUUGGAGUUCUUCCAGACUGCGUCAGUAGAUGAACUGUCACUCAUUUCUGGCUGCUCCAUAAGGAAGGCCCAGAAGAUUGUGGAGCUACGGCCUUUCAAAACAUGGGAGGACUUGUAUGACACCUUCCACAAGGGCAAUGGCCUUUCAUCAGAACUGGUGUGGGGCUGCCGCAUGGUGCUAAAGGAGCGGGAGGUGGUGCUCCGUCUGAUGACCAAGUGCGAGGGGAUCUCUCGGAAGAUGAUGGCCGAUGUGACCAGAGUUAUCGAGCGAGGGGCCGGCUCUUUGAAGCAGCCUGAUAUCCUGAACAGCACGCUCCAGUUAAAGCCAUACCAGUUGAUUGGACUCAACUGGCUGGUGAUGCUGCAUAAGAACCAGCUGAGUGGGAUCCUGGCAGACGAGAUGGGCUUGGGGAAGACUGUCCAGGCUAUUGCAUUCCUGGCCAGUCUGUUCCAGAAUGGCAUUAAUGGACCUCACCUCGUCACUGUACCAUCCUCCACCUUAGAUAACUGGGUCCGGGAGCUCAACCUUUGGUGCCCUAGUCUGAAAGUACUGAUUUACUAUGGCUCUGUAGAAGACCGCAGAUACCUUCGGCAUAACAUCCUCAACAAGAGAGUUGACUUCAACAUCAUUGUGUCUACGUACAACCUGACAAUCGGGAAUGACAGCGACCGCAGCCUGUUCAGGAAGCUGAAGCUGCAGUAUGCAGUAUUUGAUGAGGGCCAUAUGCUGAAAAACAUGAACUCUCUGCGCUACCGCCAUCUCAUGGCCAUCAAUGCCAGGUACCGACUGCUGCUCACUGGAACCCCCUUGCAGAACAACCUCCUGGAGCUCAUGUCCCUGCUCAACUUCAUCAUGCCUACCAUGUUCUCCAGCAGCACAUCACAAAUUGCCAAGAUGUUUUCUAUGAAAUCCUCGGAAGAGCAGAGUAGCUUUGAGAGGGACAGGAUUGCUCAGGCCAGACUCAUCAUGAAGCCUUUCAUCCUGCGGCGAGUGAAGAGUGAGGUGUUGAAGCAGCUGCCUGCAAAAGAGGAGCAGGUGGAGUUUUGCCCCAUGAGUGUGAAGCAGGAGGAGUUGUAUGAUGCUUUGUUCAAGAAGCUCAAGGGCUCCACCACUGGAGAGAAGCGAGACCUCUGCAAUGUGAUGAUGCAGCUGAGGAAGAUGGCCAACCACCCCCUGCUCCACAGGCAGUACUACACCCAAGAGAAACUAGCAGACAUGAGUCGGCUCAUGCUGAAGGAGCCGACGCACCGUGACGCAGACCCCACCCUGAUCCAGGAGGACAUGGAGGUGAUGUCAGACUUUGAGCUGCACCGUCUCUGUCUGCAGUACUCUGCCCUGCGGAGUUUCCAGCUGUCCAGUGAGCAGGUUCUUGACUCGGGCAAAUUCUCCCUGCUGACACAGCUACUGUCCUCUUUCAAGGACAAGGGUGACCGUGUUGUACUUUUCAGCCAGUUCACCAUGAUGCUGGAUAUUUUGGAGGUUCUGAUGAAACAUCUGAACUACCGAUACCUUCGCCUGGAUGGCUCCACACCCAUGGCAGAUAGGAUUGGCCUCAUUGACGAGUUUAACAGUGACUCCGAGAUAUUUGUGUUCCUGCUGUCCACGAAGGCUGGCGGCCUAGGCAUCAACCUCACAUCUGCCAAUGUGGUCAUCCUACACGACAUUGACUGCAACCCCUACAAUGACAAGCAGGCUGAGGACCGCUGCCAUCGAGUGGGCCAGACAAGGCCAGUGACUGUGAUUAAGCUUAUCACAAAGGACUCCAUUGAGGACUGCAUGCUACGUGUGGGCCAGAAGAAGCUGAAGCUGGAGCAGGACAUGACAACAUUUGAGGAAGGUGAUGAAGGCUCCAUGCCAGAGGACAUGGCCUCUCUCCUCAAGGCUUCUCUGGGACUUUGAACCUUGCUCUGCAUUCAAUAAAUGCACUCUGACCAACCCACUGGAACAAACACCACAAGUGAACAGUCCACCCCCCCCCCAUCAAAAGUGGAUUUUACAUUAGCCAACAAUUGGAGCCCCCGUAUGUUGGACUCCUUGACUGGAAGACUGGGUUUGUUAACCCUCAUUCUGGAAACUGGAAGGAUUUGCAGGCUUUUGUUCCAGUCCUCAUCAAAGAAUAAUUUGCACUUCGUUUUGCAGCUCAUUGUUACAUUAAAAAUUGCAAAAAUUUCACUCUGCAAACACCACACAUUCUGCAGUGACCAAGCUUACCUGUCAACCGCCAUGUCUAGAGACUCAGCUGCCCUUUGGAGCUCUUCAUGACUCUUCACCACCACCAAAUAGGGAACUGCUACUGAAAAGCCCUGUGACAUCCCUGCUGAUGCAGAACCAAGGGAAUGUCUUAUGUUCAUUACUGUACAACUAAUGUAAAACACUGUUCUCAGUGCCUUAAAUGUUGUUCUAUGAGAUGUUUGUAUUUUAGUCUUGUUUAUUGCUGCUGCAACAUCAACAGUGCUGUUUGAAAAGUACAAACAGCUUUUUUAAAACCUUUGUUAAAGGAGAUAAAGCACUAAAACUGGUGCCCUUUACAUGUGAACUAACUGGCAGUGUUUUGUGUUUAAUGUGUGAGAGAAGUGAGUGUAGUGUAUAUAUGUAGUGUAUGUGUAGUCUGUGUUUGCGCAUGGUGUUCAUUACCCAUGAUGCCUCUCGCUCAUGGAUAACGGACAAGUUGAGAAAAUGU